UGCAGCAAAGGCUAACUUACGCUAAGCUAUGAGGGGUAGCUGCUGUGGUGAAGGGGGAUACGAGAUAAACAAAGACAAAACUGUUACGUUUGGUUUUAGGUCGGAUCUGGUUUCAUCUCGGUUUCGGUAUAUGUUUGGUAACUUCCACAGAAUCUAAAUGGGUGCACACUACUGUGCCAUUUGUAGACAAACAACAUUCAACGGGAAGGGACACAUUUUCGGAAAAACUCAUCAAAGUAGACUCAGAGUGGUUCUCCUUAAAUUCACAGAAAAGGUGAAGGAAGCUCGCCGAACACUUAAGAAACCCCAAGUAGAAAAGUUUGAUUGCACCCAGCACAAGCAGACAUUCUGGUGCUACUGCUGUGGGUGUGAAAUUGAGAAAAACGUUACAGACGGCAACAUGACUGUCCUUUAUGGAGGCCUGUUAGAACACAUGGCCACCCCAGAACACAGGAAGAAUACACACAAGUUCUGGUGGGACAAUAAAGCUGACCCGAAGUUUAGAGACAAAGUCAUCGUCACAGAAGAGGAAACGGAAAGGUUUAAAGUUGAGGUGGCAAAGGCAUUGGAAUCAUUUGUGGAGAAUGAGGAUGAAUACAUUAAACAGCAUGCUGAGCAUAUACGAGCCCAGGAAAAGCAUCGCCAGGAGGUCUUACAGUCGCUUUUAGAGCUUGAUGCAGAGCCUGAGUUGUUAAACGGACCCAACGGCACAGACUCAUCUGUAGAGAACUCUGUCAGCUCACAGUUUAUGUGUCAAGGAUCAGACCAGCAGGCGGGGAGCAGCUUUGUGGACUCGAUGGGUGAAAUGCCGUGGACUCCAGCAGGACACGGCCUGACAUUCAUAGGUUAUCAGGAUUCAUCGAACAGUGGAAACGUUCAUACAGGUGCUGUCCCUCCUUGGCUCCAAGAUGAUCCUGUAGAAGGGACCUCCAGAACUGCUGCAGAGCCAGAGAUUGGCCCAUCACUCCACGAGUUCCUGAAACAUAAGGAGCAAGAGAAGCUGAGGAAGCUUCCUCCGAACAGAGUGGGGGCCAACUUCGAUCACAGCUCACAUACAGACGCCAACUGGCUUCCUUCCUUUGGUAGAGUGUGGAACAGCGGUCGACGCUGGCAGUCCAGGCACCAGUUCAGGCAAGAGGAAGGGCAGAAGCACAGACAGAAGAGGAGGAGGGAACAUGGCACAGAAGGGUCAAAGAAGAUAAAAGCAACAGAUCAGCUGAACACUUAAUAUUUAGCAUGGCGUGUGAGAAUAGAGAAGUGAUAGUGAUGUAUAUAGUGUGUGACUUGUUACUUAUGGUUAUAAUGAGUGUUUAAGGAGCUGGACUGGAAAUGUUUAGGUUGAUAAGACACCUGUACAUGCAUGGCAGUACAUGUAAUUGUAUUCAAACAUCUUUUCAAAAACCCAAAUUUCAAGUAUUGCUAUAAAGACAUUCAUUUUGUAUUAUAAGUAUUGGCUAUUCUUUAUUAAAGAGAAGUAAGCUCUGU